AUGGAGGAGGCUGCAGCGGCGGCGGCACAAACUACAGAAUCAGAUGUAGUUCACUGGUUUCCCUGUGCUGUUGGUCUGUAUGUGAAGCGAGGAUGCAGCAAGGGUUCAGUUGAAAUUGAGCUAUACAGAGAGAGUGGCAAUCUGAUAAUCACCAGAGAGAUCCAGGAGGCCGUGAAAGAGCUGCACAUUCAGGUCGGGAACCUGUGUCAGUUCCUACCACAGGAGAAGGUUGGUGAGUUUGCUAAGAUGAGUAAGAUUGAGCUUCUGGAAGCCACUGAGAAGUCUGUCGGCCCGCCAGAAAUGUAUGAGUUUCACUGCGAGCUCAAGACGUAUCGCAGCAAAGAGAGGGAACUGGAGAAUGUGUGUAAGGAGAAAGCCAACUUCCUAGAGAAGGCCAGACAGAGUAAUGAGAGGAACAAACUGGAUGUGGAGCGCUACUACAUGAAGAAGAGACACUUGGACAGGAUCCAGAUGCUAGAGAAGAAGAAACCCUUGGUGAGAGCUCGAGGGGGUGAAGAAGGAGAGAGAGGAAAUGAAAAGGAAGCUGAAGUCUCUGAAAGAAGCUCAGGAGCCGCUGCUCAGGAAGAUCCGCUCAGUGGAGAGUCAGCUGCAGCCCAUCGAGCACCAGAUGAGUUGACUGCUGGUAUCAAAGAUGCAUCACAGAAAUGUAAGCAGAAACACGAUCAGCUUGAACUGAGGAAUAACGAGGUUGAUGACAUCAGACAGGACCUAAGUCUGAAGCAGACGGAGGAGGCGGACCGGCAGAAGCGGAUCGGACACACGCAGCUCAUGAUCAAAGACCUGCAGAAGGAGCUUCAGAACAUGGGCAGCAUGGAGGACGUCACGCCUCAGAUCGAGGCUGUUAACGCAGAGCUGAAGAACAUCCAGGACGAAAAAGCCAAACUGGAGGGCGAGAGUUUGGACCUGCGCAGAGACAAAGACGAAGCCUCUGGAGAAUUACACCGUUUGCAGAAUCGUCUGAGGAGUCUGGAGGACAUGAUGAAGAUGAAAGAGGAUAAACUGCGCGUCCGUUUCCGUGACACCUACACCGCCCUCAAUUGGCUGAGGAAUAACCGUGAUCGUUUCAAAGGCAACGUCUAUGAUCCCAUGAUGCUGGUGAUUAAUGUCCGUGAUGCUCGGCACGCAAAAUACGUUGAGAGUCAAAUUCCUGCCAACGACUUGAGAGCCUUUGUCUUUCAGAGACAGGAGGACAUGGAGAAGUUCAUGACAGAGGUGCGAGACACACAGAGGCUGCGCGUUAACAGCGUCAUCGCUCCAGCAGAGUCCUGCUCUAAACGACCUCCAUCACGACCCCUGGAGACUCUGAAGCGUUAUGGCUUCUUCUCGUAUUUGCGUGAGCUGUUCGAUGCUCCUGAGGAGGUCAUGAGUUACUUGUGCCAUCAGUACAGAGUCAAUGAUGUGCCUGCAGGAACAGAGAAGACCAAGAGCAUGAUCGAGAUGGUGAUCAGAGAGCUUCAGUUGAGGGUGAUCUACACAGCGGAGGAGAAGUACAACGUGAAGAAGUCCAACUACUCUAAUAGCGUGGUGUCCAGUAACUCGGCCCUGCGACCCUCGCAGUUCCUCACUACGACCAUAGAUGCAGACGAGAGACACCAGCUGGAGGAGCAGCUGAGGGCAGCAGAGAGGAAGGUGCAGAGAUGUGAUCAACGGAUGGCAACCGUUCGUGAGCAACUAACUAAACUGGACCGCCAUGAUAAUGAGCUGCGUGCUAAGAAGAAGAAACUGUCUGAGCUGAAAGGCAAGAAGAGACAGCUGGAGCAGAAAAUCAGCACAAAACAGGACAGUUUGCGGCAGAUGGAGCAGAACGAGAUCAACUUGCAGGCAAUUGAAGAGGAAACGAAUACCAAGAUCGCGGCUGUAAACAACAAGAAAGUGGCCAUAAUGGAGGAGUAUCUGAGUCACAUGCAGAUGAAGGCCAGAAUGAGUAUGGAGAAGGUGUACUUGGCUCUCCAGAGCGCAGGUCUCUCUGCUGAGAAAACCAAGCUGGAGACGGACUGCAGGGACAGUUUAGCUGAACUCAAGCAAGCAGAGGGGGUGUACACCAAGUUGGACCAGAUAAAGACCAAUCUGUUGGCCAAGUGUAAGACCCUGAUGAGUAGGGCCAGUGCGAUCUGUAAAAUGAGCCCCGGGGAGACAGCCGUCCCAGAUGAACUACACGCAGCCUUCGGCCAGUUGCCCAAUACACUGGAUGAGAUUGAUGCCAUGUUGAAUGAGGAGAAGACCAGAGCCGAGUGCUUCACCGGCCUCAGUGAUGCUGUGGUGGAGGAAUAUAACAGACGUGAGCUGGAGAUUAAGAACAUGGAGAAGGAGCUGGACGACAAGACCAACGCUCUGAGAACCAACAGACAAAACAUUGCUGAGGCUAAAGAGCGCUGGCUGAAUCCUCUGAAGCAGCUGGUGGAUCAAAUCAACGAGCGCUUCAGUGAUUUCUUUCGCUCCAUGCAGUGCGCUGGAGAGGUGGAUCUGCACUCGGAGAACGAGGAGGAGUAUGAUAAGUACAGCAUCCGUAUCCGGGUGAAGUUUCUCAGCAGCACACAGCUGCAUGAGCUGACGCCUCACCAUCAGAGCGGCGGAGAGCGCAGCGUGUCCACCAUGCUGUACCUCAUGGCCCUGCAGGAGCUGAACCGCUGCCCCUUCAGAGUGGUGGACGAGAUCAACCAAGGCAUGGAUCCUGUCAAUGAGAGACGAGUGUUUGACAUUGUUGUGAGGACGGCGUGUGGUGUGAACACGUCUCAGUAUUUCUUCAUCACACCUAAGGUAGGUUUGCUGACUGAUGUGUGUGUGACGUGUUCAGUGAUAUUACAGCAUCAUCGAGUGUGUGUGUGUGUGUGUGUGUGUGUGUCUGUGUGCACAACGGACCCUACAUGCUUCCACCGAACAAAUGGAGCGAGAAAGCCUUCAUCCGACGCGCCAAACGCGGACACAACUGCUGAAGAAACUCAACUACAUGUUGAGCUGUUCAGAGUAGCUCAAGUUCUAGUUGGAUUACCAGUUCAGAUGCUGUUAAGUGCCUUCAUGUCAAAUAUGCAUUAA